GUCGCGAGACUGAUCACUCCAGACAUCCACUUGUUAGGGAGAAAUAUGAGCGAUUUGAAGUCCUCGAGUAGGGAGAAAUAUGGGCGUCAGCAUGAUGCUCAACUAGUAGAAGAGGCACUAAAUACAAAGCAGGGUCAGGGACCACGGAAACGAAGAAGAAGCUGCCGG